CCUUUCAGAUGAAUGAAAGCAAAAGCAGUGGCUGGAGCUAGGGCAGCUACUUAGAACUACGAGGUGGAAGAAAUGUGGUGACAUAGCAGAACAAAAAUAUCGGAAUCCUGGGUACCUGAUGACCAUGGAGCCACCAUACAAACUCUGGACUGCAAUUUCCAGAGACUGUUUGCAGAAUGAAGAUACUGCCAUUACCUCUACAAAGAAUGCAUCCCAGCACAGAUCAAAGAUCUUGCAAGUCCAACCAUGCCAUUUUACAGUUCUGAACCUCAACCUAGAGAAAGCAGUGGAUCUUUACACAUUUGACACCGCACUUCCCUCUAGGAUCUCUGUAGCUAUUGAAAAUGAAUUGGGGAAGAUGAGUGGGUGUGAGAAGAGGGUAACGGAAUCAGAUCAAAAGCUGUCAUGUCACUAUGCGCAGGCGAUGAGGCAGCCGGGACCAAGAUGAUGGUGGGGAGAAGAAAAUCACUUGAGAGAAUUGAUUAAACUAGGUGGUUAGCACAGAUAGAGCUGAAUCAAAAAUUAAGAUGGUAAGCUAAAUAGUUUUACACACAAAAAGGCAGAGUUGCAUUCAUAAUUAGUCUCUUCUUCAGACUGAAUAUUACAGCCAAAAUACAGUCAGUGGUGUGGCAAUCACUUUCUUUGGGCUUGUAUCCAAGGUCAAGAAUGUCAGCCUCUGAAGGCCCCAGAUCUUAAUGUUUUUGGAUGAUAAAGUUUAUUUAAGGUAGAAUAAUUUAGCCUUCUGCAAAUUUCAUUGUGGAAGAAUGAAAAAUCCAUUGUCCCUCUUCUCUGCCACAGACACACUUGAGUUGAACAUUAAGCAUUUUAUUAAGGAAACAUUCUCUUUGUGCUUUUUCUCCCAAGAUGGAUGGUAUUCUAGAGUUCUAAGUGUUAGAAUAAAGAAUGCCCAUGAGGUUGAAUUAUAUGAUGUUUUAGUAAAGUCAGGUAAACAUUCU